CAGCGCGGCCCGGCGUGAUCGCGGCAUGAUCCCGCUGGAAUCCCGGUGUGGUCCCGCUGGAAUUCCGGGGUGUCCCGGUGUGAUACCGGGGUAUCCCACCCCGGCGUGAUCCCGACGUGAUCCCGCUGGAAUUCCGGAGUGUCCUGGUGCGAUACCGGGGUAUCCCAGCCCGGCGUGAUCCCGGUGUGAUCCCGCUGGAAUCCCAGUGUGAUCCCGGGCCCCAUCCCGGUGUGAUCCCGCUGUGAUCCCGGGCCCCAUCCCGGCCCCAUCCCGCUGUGAUCCCGGGCACCAUCCCGGCCCCAUCCCGCUGUGAUCCCGGGCCCCAUCCCGGCCCCAUCCCUCUGGAACCUCGGGCUCUCCCGGCCCCAUCCCGCUGUGAUCCCGGUGUGAUCUCUCUGGAACCCCGGGCUGUCCCGGCCCCAUCCCCUUGUGAUCCCGGUGUGAUCCCGGUGUGAUCUCUCUGGAACCCCGGGCUGUCCCGGCCCCGCCGCCAUGGGCAAGAAGGGGAAGCGCGACAAGAAGGGGAAAGGCGCGGAGAAGACGCUGGCCAAGCUGGAGAAGAAGGUGUCCCGCAGAGCCAAGAAGGAGGAGGAGGAUCUUGAAGCCCUGAUAGCAGAAUUCCAGAGUUUGGAUGCUAAAAAGACCCAAGUAAUUGAGUCAUCCUGCCCACCCCCCUCACCCAGGCUGAACUGCUCCUUCAGUGCUCACCCCGAGAAAGAUGAGCUGAUCCUUUUUGGAGGUGAAUAUUUCAAUGGCCAAAAAACCUACCUGUACAAUGACCUGUACAUUUACCACAUCAGGAAGAACAGCUGGGCCAAGCUGGACAUCCCCAACCCUCCCCCAAGGCGUUGUGCUCACCAGGCAGCUGUGGUGCCCACAGCUGGGGGGCAGCUCUGGAUCUUUGGGGGGGAGUUUGCCUCUCCCAACGGGGAGCAGUUCUACCACUACAAAGAUCUCUGGGUCCUGCACUUGGCCACCAAGACCUGGGAGCAGAUCAAGGCACCAGGAGGGCCCUCAGGACGAAGCGGACAUCGGAUGGUUGCAUGCAAAAGGCAGCUGAUCGUUUUUGGAGGUUUCCAUGAGAGUGCAAGAGAUUUCAUCUACUACAAUGAUGUGUACAGCUUCAACCUGGACUCCUUCACCUGGAGCAAGCUGGCUCCUGCAGGGAUGGGGCCUGCUCCAAGGUCUGGCUGCCAAAUGACUCCCACCCCCGAGGGCAACAUCAUCAUCUAUGGAGGCUACUCCAAACAGAGGAUCAAGAAGGAUGUGGACAAAGGCACCCUGCACACAGAUAUGUUCCUGCUGAAGGCUGAAGGGGCAGGCAAGGAGGAAGCCAGGUGGAGCUGGAGCCGGCUCAGCCCCUCGGGGGUGAAACCCCCGCCCAGGUCUGGCUUCUCCGUGGCUGCUGCUCCCAACAACCGCUGCCUGCUGUUUGGGGGGGUGCAGGACGAGGAGGAGGAGGAGAGCAUCCAGGGGGACUUCUUCAAUGACCUCUAUUUCUAUGACAUGGGGAAGAACCGCUGGUUCCCUGCACAGAUCAAGGGCCCCAGGCCAGAGCAGAGGAGGCGCAGGCGUGGCAGACAGGCUGAGGCUGGGGCUGAGGCUGGGGCUGCUGGGGGGGAGCAGCUGCCACCCCCCCAGGGGCCCCUGGAGAUCGUCAAGGAGCUGGUGGCAGAAGAUGGCACCAUCAUGACCAUCAAGCAGCUGGUCCCUGGAGCUGCAGAGGACAAGGACAGGCCUGGCUCAGAGGAGGAGGAGGAGGAGGAGGAGGAAGGUGGAGGCCUGGGGCCAUGCCCACGCUGCAGUGCCAUGGUGGCAGUGAAGCACGGGCUGCUCUACGUCUACGGGGGCAUGUUCGAGGUGGGAGACCAGCAGGUGACCCUCAGUGACCUGCACUGCCUCGACCUGCACAGGAUGGAGCAGUGGAAGGUGCUGCUGGAGAUGGAUCCAAAAACCCAAGAAUGGCUGGAGGAGUCAGAGUCAGAUGAAGAGGAUGAUGAUGAUGAUGAUGUGGAAGGUGCAGAGGGAGGGGAGGAAGAAGAGGAGAGCUCUGAAGAGGAGAGUGAAGAUGAGGAAGGGGAGCAGCAGCACCCAGCAGUGCAGCCAGGGGAGGCCCAGCCCCAGUACGUGGCCAGGACAGAGCAGCACUGGCUCAGGCUGGCCCGCAGCCACAUGGGCCCCCAGGCCAAGGACAAGAAGGUGCUCAAGGUGGCUCAUGCCAUGGCCAAGACUUUCUAUGAAGAUCCCAUCCAGACAUCCUGAGGCUGCUGCAGGAGUGAAGGAAGUGCUGGAGCAGUGGUGAGCCCUGCUGAGCUCAGGUGUCCAUCCUGGCUGGAUGCUCUGGAUCUGCUCUUAUCCUGGGAGUGCUGUGGGAGGCUCCUGAGGGACAGGAGUGCUGUCCCAGCACUUGUGCUGCUGAGGUUGGGCUGUACAAACUGACUUUGCUGUUCCAAACUUGGUUGUCCAGACAAUGGUUCACUGGUCCCAAAUUCCUGACUGGGGCCAGGAUCUUCCAGAGGUUCCUACAAUAAAUUUGGUUAUAUCAUCUUGUUUUGCUCAGUAAAUCCCAUCCCAACUUUUGUUCUUGUUUUCCUGCUGGUGUGGCAGAGGGAUUGCAGUUCUGCUGUGAGCUCUGCAGGCAGUGUGAAGUGCCUGGAAAACACCUGGGAAUCCUUCCCUGCCCUACCUGUGAGAUGCACUCACAGAAACCUCCUCUUUUCCAUGUUCACUGCAGUUUUGCCUUUGUGGAAUCUCCCAGUUGGGUUUUUCACCUUGUUGACCCAAUUGUCUGCAGGUGACCUCUUCCUGACCAGUGGAAUGUCCACCUGCAGACCCUGCUGAGGCCAGGGCUGAUCCAAGGGUUUGUUUUUCAGCCCCUCUCCUCAAGGCAUCGCUUGCCAGCAGAGCAGUGCUGUGUCCUUGGGGACAACAGAUGGGCUCCAAGUGAUGCCUGGAGGUGCCACCAGGGCUGGCUGUCCUUGUGCAGGGAGUUCCAGGUGCCCUGGGUGUUGCUGUGGCAGUGCCAUCCCCAGGGAUGCAGCUCCCCAGAGAGCAGGGCUGGCAUCCACUGGGCUAAUUAGGACAGAAGGAAGAUUAAAUAGAGCUGACAGGGAGCUUUAAUUGGUGAGAUAAAAACAUGUCUGACAGGGAGGGACCUUCCCCACAAAAUAACAGCUGAGAAGUGGAAACAAACCAUUUAUUGAUAACCUGGGGGAGGAGAAAAAGCAUUUAUUGAUGGUCUGGGAAAGGUGAGAACAAAGCAUUUCCUGUUAAUCUGUUAACCCAGGAAGGAAUUCCUCACUUGCUCAGUCACUCCCCUGUUGUCCUCUCCCUUGGGGAAGUUCACAUCUUCCUGUGCAAAGUUUUGGGGGAUUUGCACUCCCUGUGAGGGUGGCAGGCCCUGGCACAGGUUCCCAGAGAAGCUGUGGCUGCUCCUGGAUCCCUGCAGUGCCCAAGGCCAGGCUGGGUGGGGUUUGGAGCACCCUGGAAGGUUUCCAUGGCAGGACUGGGAUCCUUUCUAACCCAUUCCAUGAUCCUACAACUGCUGCAGUCAUUCAGGAGCUGAGCUGUUCCUAAGCCAGGAAAAUCUGCCCCUCUCAGGAUUCUGUUCUGUGCAAAGCCCUCACCCCAGCUCAGGAGAUCCCAUCCCAUCCCACUCCUGCUGCAUCUGCCUUAGCACAGCCCUGUCUGUGUGGCAGCUUCCAGAAAUCCCUGCUUUCCCUCCUGCCUGGGCUUGCCAAAGCUGCUGAGUGCAAUUAGUCCUUAGGUCUCAAUUAAGCCCUUCAGUGAGGAUCCCACCCUGUUUCUGCUGCUGCUCCUCCCCUUCUGAUGCAGUGUGGCUGUGUUUUCCUGGCAGGGAUGCUGCCACAGCUCUGGGAUCUCAGGCUCUGGAGAGUGCUGGAAUCUGGGUCUGAGGUACAAAACCCAGACACCAGAUGGGCUGGGGAGCAGCUGAGUGCCUCAGGGGUUUGGUUUGUCUCCCUGUUCUCUCAAGGAUGCAGUGCUGCACCAGCCCCUCUCACACAGGUGGGAUCCAAAUCUCCUUUCCCAAAUUCCCCCUCCUGCUGUGCCAGCCUCUCCUCGUGCUGUCAGAACAGACAAAUUCCAGUGCAACCUAAAAAAAAAAAUUAUCCAAACCUUCAACUGACCAAGUGCAGCUGCCAGCCUGGACAUAAAGCAGCAGGGCUGGAUAAUUCCCAUGGAUUUAUGGCCCACCUUGAUGGGCAUUUUAAUGGGCCUUAGGUAGAUCUGCAGGAGCCAGGCUCCUAAGACAGGGAAAUACACUGAAUUACCUCUCUCUGGGCUGCUGCUCAGGAAUAUUUCUGGCCUUGGGCAAAUGUGGAAAGCCCAGGACUGAGACAAAUUGCUCAACUCCUCGGGAUUAAGAAAGGAAUCAUUAUUUUGGACCAUGUGGGUUGGGAGCAAAUUAAUAUUAGUCUGUGGCUGUCCUUCCUACUGAGCAAAGCUCAGCUUGACUGAGUGGAGCAGAGAGCUGAAAAAUCCAAGCUGGAUUUGUGUUGGUCCAGAGGCAAGAGCAGGAAUAAUUAGGCAGGGACCAGUGGGAAAAAUCCAGUCAGGAAACCACCAGUGCUUUUAUUUGCUGGAUAACAAGAGGCAUUUUGGUGCCAUUUUACAUAUAUCUAAAUAUCUGUGUCUGCAGGGUUCUGUUUAACCUGCUCCUGACAGGACCUCUAUGUUCUGCACUUGAAUGCACAAAAAAAAAAAAAAACAAAAAAAAAAAAAAAAAAAAAAUCCUUGAGAGUCUUUCCAAAAAGCAGAAUUCCAAACCCCAGGGGUGAAUUCCCAAGGCUGCAAUCCCAAAAUGUUUUUUUUGGUUCAUUUCGAGUGUGCAGCAAGCGUUGAAGAGAGGAGAAAAAAAAAAAAAAUUAUGACUAAGGACCCAAAAGGAAAAUCCAAAACAACACAAAAAAAGGAAGAGGUGGGAAGAUGAUGGACAGUUACUGUGGAAAAUGGAAUUUCAAAAUUAUCCUUUCCCCUGUCCACCCAUAGCCCUGUGCCUGGAAAGGGAAAGGAAGGAGAAGAGGAAGCAGAACUGCGACAGGAGGGAAUCAGACCAUGUAAGGAAAAGAACUGAAUUUAACUGGCACAUGCUCUAAUCCUUAGUUUAUUUCUGGUUAAAAAUAUAGCAAUCCAGUGCAGUGUAAUAAGAAAUCUGCUGAAAAGGUAGCAGAGAAACAGCUAAAACAGAAGCAAAGCAAAGCUGAGUCCACGAGUCCGGGCUGGAUCCAACAACUCUGGACGUGAAUGUCGAGGAGGGCUCGUCCCUCCUUCCCCACCCCCAAAACUCCUGGGAGGGUCUCACCCCCCUCGGGAGCUGCCACCCUCCUGCCCCCUCCUCCUGCUGCUGCAGGGAGGCACUGAGGGUGGGAUUUGGUCCCUGGCCCUGCCAAAUCCCAGAGGAGCUGCUGGUGGUGGAGCUGGUGGGGAGGGAAUGGCAGCUGGGGGAAGCCGCUGGCAGGAGUGGGGCUGAGCACGCAUGUGAUGGGGACCAGGACAGCUCAGAACAUCUUUAAUGAGUAUGCAGCUUAUCCGUGGGGACAGGGAGGGGACAGAAAUCAAGGCAGGCAUAGUACAAAGAUGGUAGAAACAAACAAAUUAAGUGACAUAGAAAAAAAAAAAAAAGAAAGAAAA